UCACGCUGAACACAGCGCGUCUGACCCUGGGUUGGGCAAAGAGCAAUUGCCCGGUGGUACUCGUCGUUUUCGAAAGCGAUAGGCCUUUGAGGAUCCAGUACAGCACGCGCCGCAGAGCCGCUGUAGAGCAUAUUCGUCCGCACAGCUUUCAGUUCGCAGUCCUCUUGCAAGAUGGCGAUCGAUCAAUCUCUCUACCUGGACAGCGCCAUUCGGGACUGGGUGCUCAUCCCUAUUACCCUGGUCAUGGUCCUCGUCGGCGUAUUGCGGCACAAUGUCACGAUGCUCAUCAACAGUCCGCCGAAGAAGAGUACACUUGCGAAGAUUCGGGAACAACGAGUCCUCGGUCGUUCACAAGCGUUGCAGGCUAACUACUUCCAGCUGCCGCCGUCUUCCUUUGUCGCGCGACGGGCGUACCUGAUUGACGCGCUCGGAAGCGGCAAGUACCUCGCUGACCCCGUCAAGCCCGGUUCAGAACCCAAUAAGCCGAAGAACCCUCUGACCGAACCCGGUGGAAUGGACAGUAUGAUGGAAGGCAUGAAGAAGAGCAUGGUGAUGAUGGUGCCCCAGACCGUAAUCAUGGGUUGGAUCAACUUUUUCUUCAGUGGAUUUGUCCUGAUCAAGCUGCCAUUCCCCUUGACGUUGCGCUUCAAGCCGAUGCUGCAACGGGGCAUCGAGACACCAGAUAUGGACGUCACCUGGGUCUCCUCUCUCAGCUGGUAUUUCCUCAAUCUGUUUGGCCUCAAUGCAAUCUAUCGCCUCGUGCUGGGUGACGGGAACGCUGCUGAUGGGACACGCGACAUGGCCGCGAUGGGCAACAUGGCAGGCGCCGGCAUGCCAGGUUUGCCUGGCCAGACGCCCGACGUUGCCAAAAUCCACGCAGCCGAGCGCGACAACCUCGAGCUGGCCGGUCUCGACCUGCUCGAUUUGGUCAACCGGCCUUCCCCACCACCCGGCGUGCGCCGAUGGAUCGGUGAUGGCAUCGAAGGACGUGUGCUCGCGUUGUAUACUCGCUAGUUACGCAGUUUUUCAACUCUCAAUUUUCGCAAAGAACAGAUAAGACAUUAUUACAGAAGUACGGUGACAUGGAAUAGAAUGUUCGAACGCGCGUAUUUGCGAGCUCGGCUGGACAACAUGCUCGUCGUAGGCAAGGGCGAAGCCGC